UGAAAAGAUGGCACAGGCAAUGCUGGUACCACCAGGACCUGACAGCUUCUUCUAUUUCACUGAAGAAUCUCUUGCAGCUAUUGAAAAACGUAUCGCUGAUGAAAAGUCUCAUUGUGACAAAAGUGAGCAUAAAGAUGAUGGUGGUCAUGAAGAAGAUUGUCCAAAGCCACGUAAUGACUUGGAGGCAGGAAAGACACUGCCAUUUAUUUAUGGUGAUAUUCCUCCAGGAAUGGUGUCUGAGCCCCUGGAGGACCUGGAUCCCUAUUAUAUCAAUAAAAAAACAUUUAUAGUAUUGAAUAAAGGGAAGACAAUCUUCAGGUUCAGUGCCACGCCUGCCUUGUACCUUUUAUCUCCUUUCAAUAUUAUUAGAAGAAUAGCUAUUAAGAUUUUGGUUCAUUCAUUGUUCAGCAUUCUCAUUAUGCUCACUAUUUUGACAAACUGUGUAUUCAUGACAUGGACUAACCUUCCAGACUGGACAAAAAUUGUAGAGUACACUUUCACUGGAAUUUAUACUUUUGAAUUUCUGGUAAAAAUCCUUGCAAGAGGCUUCUGUAUAAAUGAUUUCACUUGCCUUCGUGACCCCUGGAACUGGCUUGAUUUUGUUGUAAUUUCUUUUGCAUAUGUGACAGAGUUUGUGGACCUGGGCAAUGUCUCAGCGUUGAGAACAUUCAGAGUUCUCCGAGCUUUGAAAACAAUAUCAGUCAUUCCAGGCUUGAAGACUAUUGUUGGAGCCUUAAUUCAGUCUGUAAAGAAGCUCUCAGAUGUAAUGAUUUUGACUGUGUUUUGCCUGAGUGUAUUUGCACUAAUAGGGCUGCAGCUGUUCAUGGGCAAUUUGAAGAAUAAAUGCUUGUUUUGGCCAGAAAAUUCAUCAACUUUUGAAGAAUACCUAUCUCCAUACUUGAAUGGCACAGUGUUUAACUGGACAGCAUACCUGGAGAACAAAAGUCAUUUCUAUCGCCUAGAAGGACACAAUGAUUAUCUGCUUUGUGGCAAUAGCUCAGAUGCAGGUAAAUGUCCAGAAGAUUUUGUGUGUGUGAAAGCUGGUAAAAACCCCAACUAUGGAUAUACUAGUUUUGACACAUUCAGUUGGGCUUUCUUGUCACUGUUUCGACUGAUGACACAAGACUCCUGGGAAAAUCUCUAUCAGCUGACGCUACGAGCUGCUGGCAAAACAUACAUGAUAUUUUUUGUUCUGGUCAUUUUUCUGGGUUCCUUCUAUUUGAUUAACUUGAUUUUGGCUGUGGUUGCCAUGGCCUAUGAAGAACAAAAUCAAGCAACUAUAGUUGAAGCAGAACAGAGGGAGGCAGACUUGCAGCAAAUGCUUGAACAGCUGAGGAAGCACCAAGAAGAAGCUCAGGCAAUAGCAGCAGCUGCAGAAGAGAUGACCGAGUACAGCGGUGAAAGUGGGAUUGUUGGACCUUCAGACAGUUCUUCAGAAGCAUCCAAACUUAGCUCAAAAAGUGCUAAAGAAAGGAGAAAUAGAAGGAGGAAAAGACGGCAGAGGGAGCUCUCUGGUGAAGAGGAUGACAUGAAAGAUGAAAAGCUUCCAAAGUCUGAAUCAGAUGGCAGUAUCAGAAGGAAAGGUUUCCGGUUUUCUUUUGAUGGGAACAAACUUGCUUAUCGGAAGCAGUUCAUAUCACCCCACCAGUCCUUAUUGAGUGUUCGCGGCUCCCUGUUUUCUCCCAGACGUAGUAGCAGAACAAGUCUUUUCAGUUUUAGAGAACAUGAAAAAGAGAUAGGAUCAGAAAAUGACUUUGCUGAUGACGAGCACAGCACGUUUGAGGAUAAUGGGAGCAGAAGAGGUUCUCUUUUUUUGCCGCACAGACACGGUGAACGGCGCAGUAGUAACAUUAGUCAGACAAGUAGAUCAUCAAGAAGGCUGCCCGUGUUUCCAGUGAACGGGAAGAUGCACAGCACUGUGGAUUGCAAUGGGGUGGUUUCUUUAGUGGACAGACCACCAGAUCAGUUGUCACCUACUGGACAGCUUCUGCCAGAGGUGAUAAUAGAUAAACCAACAACUGAUGACAAUAGCACUGCUACAGAAAUAGAAAUAAAGAAGAGGCGUUCAAGUUCAUAUCAGAUACCCCUGGAAUUGCUGGAGGAUCCCGAUUUAAGGCAAAGAGCCAUGAGUAUAGCUGGCAUUAUCUCAAAUACAAUGGAAGAACUUGAAGAAUCCAGGCAAAAAUGUCCACCCUGCUGGUAUAAGUUUGCCCACACUUUCUUAAUUUGGGAUUGCUGGGAGCCUUGGUUGAAAGUAAAGGCUGUAGUUGAAUUUAUUGUAAUGGAUCCAUUUGUUGAUCUGGCUAUAACUGUUUGCAUAAUUUUAAACACUAUGUUUAUGGCCAUGGACCAUUAUCCAAUGACUGACUAUUUCACUACUGUCCUUAAAAUAGGAAAUCAGGUUUUUACUGGAAUUUUUGCAGCAGAAAUGGUUCUCAAGAUAAUUGCCAUGCAUCCUUUUUAUUAUUUCCAAGUUGGCUGGAAUAUUUUCGAUAGUUUUAUAGUUAUCCUUAGUUUGGUGGAGCUUUUUCUGUCAACUGUGGAUGGAUUAUCUGUUCUCCGAUCAUUCAGAUUGUUGCGAGUUCUCAAAUUGGCAAAAUCUUGGCCAACACUAAAUAUGCUGAUUAAGAUUAUUGGCAACUCAGUGGGGGCUCUGGGGAAUUUGACCCUGGUUCUGGCCAUCAUUGUGUUCAUUUUCGCUGUGGUUGGGAUGCAGCUGUUUGGGAAAAGCUACAAGGAAUGUGUCUGCAAGAUCUCUAGCGACUGUGAACUCCCACGCUGGCACAUGCAUGACUUUUUCCACUCUUUCUUGAUUGUAUUCCGAGUGCUGUGUGGAGAAUGGAUAGAAACUAUGUGGGACUGCAUGGAAGUGGCAGGCCAAGCUAUUUGCCUUACUGUCUUCAUGAUGGUCAUGGUGAUUGGAAACCUGGUGGUAUUGAACCUUUUUCUGGCCUUGCUGCUGAGUUCAUUUAGUUCAGACAGCCUUUCUCCUACAGAGGAUGAUAACGAAAUGAACAACUUACAGAUUGCAGUUGCAAGAAUUCAAAAGGGAAUAGAUUAUGUGAAGAAAAAAGCAGGUGAAUGUGUCCAAAAGUGUUUUUGCGGGAAACAAGCUAUUGUAAAUCAAAGAAAAGCAACAGAUCAGUUGAAUGAUGAGAGAGACCAUUGCAUUUCUAACUGUACCAUCACUGAUAUAAGGAUAGAUACGAAUUAUCACAAAAGUGAGAAUGGAAUGGCCACAGUUAUAGGUGGCAGUGAUUAUACAUCAUUCAUAAACAACCCAGACCUUACUGUUACAGUACCAAUAGCUGUUGGAGAAUCUGAUUUUGAACAUCUAAAUACAGAAGAGUUUAGCAGUGACUCAGAUUUGGAGGAAAGCAAGGAGAAGCUAAGUUUUUCCAGCUCAUCUGAAGGAAGUACAGUUAAUUUAGCUCUCUUUGGAGAAGAAAAAGCUGAAACAGAACCAGAAAAAGUAUCAGAGCUACAGGCAUGCUUUACAGAAGGCUGUGUACAGAAGUUUAAAUGCUGUAAAGGCGAUAUGGAAAGCAAAAAAGGAAAAAUCUGGUGGAACCUUCGAAAAACCUGCUACAAGAUAGUAGAACACAAUUGGUUUGAAACAUUCAUUGUCUUCAUGAUUCUUCUCAGCAGUGCUGCUCUGGCUUUUGAAGAUAUAUAUAUUGAACAGCGCAAGACUAUAAAAAUCAUACUGGAGUAUGCUGAUAAACUCUUCACUUACGUCUUUAUUCUGGAAAUGGUGCUAAAAUGGGUGGCCUAUGGUUUUCAAACUUACUUCACUAAUGCUUGGUGCUGGAUGGACUUCCUGAUUGUUGAUGUCUCCUUGGUUAGCUUAGUAGCUAAUGCCCUUAAUUUCUCAGAAUUCAGUGCAAUUAAAUCCCUCCGAACAUUAAGAGCUUUGAGACCUCUAAGAGCUUUGUCACGCUUUGAAGGCAUGAGGGUGGUUGUGAGUGCUCUUACUGGAGCAAUCCCAUCCAUUAUGAAUGUACUCCUGGUUUGUCUUACAUUUUGGCUAAUAUUCAGCAUCAUGGGAGUAAACUUGUUUGCUGGCAAGUUCUAUCACUGUGCUAACACCACAACUGGUGAGAAAUUACCACCAGAGCAAGUCGAUAAUAUGACUGAAUGUGAAAAUCUUACCAUCACUGGAGUGGAUGUUCGGUGGAAAAAUAUGAAAGUAAACUUUGAUAAUGUUGGAGCUGGUUAUCUUUCUCUGCUUCAAGUAGCAACAUUUAAAGGAUGGAUGGACAUCAUGUAUGCCGCGGUUGAUUCUAGAGACUUAAAUACACAGCCCAAGUAUGAGGACAACCUGUACAUGUAUCUUUAUUUUGUUGCCUUUAUCAUCUUUGGAUCAUUUUUCACUCUAAACUUAUUCAUUGGUGUCAUCAUAGAUAACUUCAAUCAACAAAAGAAGAAGCUUGGGGGUCAAGAUAUUUUCAUGACAGAAGAGCAAAAGAAAUACUACAAUGCAAUGAAGAAGCUGGGAUCCAAGAAACCACAAAAACCUAUACCUAGACCAACGAACAAAUUGCAAGGUCUGGUGUUUGAUAUUGUAACAAAGCAAGCAUUUGACAUCACCAUUAUGGUUCUCAUCUGUCUUAACAUGGUCACCAUGAUGAUAGAAACAGAUGACCAGAGUGAACUGAUGAAAAGUAUUUUAUACUGGAUUAACUUGGUCUUUGUUGUCCUUUUCACUGGAGAAUGCAUCUUGAAACUGUUCUCACUCCGUUAUUAUUACUUCACCAUUGGCUGGAAUAUUUUUGAUUUUGUGGUUGUUAUUCUUUCAAUAGUAGGUAUGUUUCUAGCUGAGGUGAUUGAAAAGUACUUUGUGUCCCCAACUUUGUUCAGAGUUGUACGACUUGCCAGAAUCGGUCGAAUCCUGCGUCUCAUUAAGGGCGCUAAGGGGAUCCGCACUCUGCUUUUUGCUUUGAUGAUGUCUCUUCCUGCUUUGUUCAACAUUGGUCUGCUGCUCUUCCUGGUCAUGUUUAUCUAUGCGAUAUUUGGCAUGUCCAACUUUGCCUAUGUUAAGAAGGAAGCUGGCAUAGAUGACAUGUUCAACUUUGAAACGUUUGGCAACAGCAUGCUCUGCCUUUUUCAAAUUACCACAUCUGCUGGCUGGGAUCUGUUGCUAGCCCCAAUUCUUAACAGUGGGGAGCCAGACUGUGACCCCCAUAAAGAUCAUCCAGGGAGCUCUGUGAAAGGAGACUGUGGGAACCCUUCCGUUGGGAUUUUCUUCUUUGUCAGCUACAUUAUCAUAUCAUUUCUGGUAGUGGUGAACAUGUACAUUGCUGUCAUUUUGGAGAACUUCAGUGUUGCUACUGAAGAAAGUGCUGAACCCUUGAGUGAGGAUGACUUUGAGAUGUUCUAUGAAGUUUGGGAAAAAUAUGAUCCUGAUGCAACACAAUUCAUAGAAUACAGCCAAUUGUCUGAUUUUGCAGCAGCACUUGAGCCUCCUCUUCACCUACCCAAACCAAACAAAGUCCAGCUUAUUGCAAUGGACCUGCCCAUGGUAAGCGGUGACAGAAUUCACUGCCUGGACAUCUUGUUUGCUUUCACAAAGCGUGUUUUGGGGGAAAGUGGGGAGAUGGAUGCCCUCAGAAUACAGAUGGAAGAUCGGUUUAUGGCAUCCAAUCCUUCAAAAGCUUCCUAUGAACCAAUUACAACCACAUUAAAAAGAAAACAGGAGGAGGUUUCUGCUGCUAUCAUUCAGCGUGCCUAUAGACGUUAUCUUUUAAGACAGUCAGUAAAGAAACUUUCGUUUAUGUAUCAGAAAGAUGGAGUUGAUCUACUUAUCAAAAAAGAUACGAUUAUAUGUAAACUAAACUCUCCUUCAGAGAAUAUGGAUAUGUCUGCAUCCAGCACGUCUCCACCUUCUUAUGAUAGUGUAACAAAACCAGAAAAAGAAAAAUAUGAAGAUGACAAAUCAGAAAAAGAAGACGAGAGGAAAGACAGAAAAGGAAACAAAAUGUAAGACAAAGACAUUAUCCAUGAUGAAUGGUCACAAGCCUGCGAAGAUGACAUUUUUUUCAAUAGCGCUCUUACUGGAGAAUUAUGCCAAAAUUACAAGUUUUUACAUAUUUAGCCACUGCUAUAGGCAGUGCAUGUACCAAGACAAAGAAUUUUCACUAGACAACUCUCAGUCUGUAACGGGGAAACAACCUUGCCAGAAGAAUUUCUAUUAUCACCUGGCACCAAUGGAGAGGAAACACAAAAUUUUUACUUGGACUGUAGGAACCCUUGAUGGAAUGCAAAAUUACCAGUCCUAAUAAGUCUGUAUUUUUAUGAACUAAGUGUAUCAAUUGUGUACAUUUAAUCUCCUGUGUAUGUUUUGUGUGUGUCUAUUUUUUUUCCAUUAUCUUAUUGGCUUUAAUUGACACACUGCUAUUUGUAAUUCUGCAGUGCUGAAAAAAUAAAAAACUAAAUAGACAAAUUUCAGGCAUACGUAAUUAUAUCAUCAUAAUGAACAUAGUUCUCUUCAAGCCACUUGUAAAAGCAGAAAAACAAGAUUCCAGUUAUUGAACUUUAAGAUCUAGAUCAAAUUAACAGCAAUUUGUAUAAACAAGAAGACAGAGAAUUUAUCAGAAAACAAAAAUAGCAAAUAAUUUGCACAGGAAAGAGAUUGCUAGUUUAGUCUCUUGGUUUUAGUGUUCUUAUGUAUAAAACCUUUUAGUAAUUUUUAAUUUAUUAUAAUGUCCAUUUCAGAUACAGUAAUUUAAAUAAAUGAUGCUACACACACACCCCUUCAGUUUUGAAAAACUUGAAACUGAAAAAAAAAAAGCUACUUUCAGGGUCUAAGAUAUCUGAUAGUUCCAGUGAGAUUUAAAUAGUUAUUUUUUACAGAAAAGCUAUGAAUGCCAAAUUGUGCCUGCAGGGAAUUACUGAAAUAAGUAAAGUGGUAGUCUUAUUUCUUUUUUUUUUUUAGCUCUACGCCAUUUAAUUUUAUGAGUAGCUUCCAUACUUCAUUCCAAAAUCUGUUUAUACGAUUCUUAUUUCACAUGAAUAUAUCCCACUUAGGGCAACAGUCAAAGCUUUGUGUUUAAAUUAAUAGUGUUCCUUUUGGGAUAAACGCUACCUUAAUGCAUACCUCAGGCUUAAAUUUCCAUAUUUUUGAAGGAUGGGUCAUGCCAGAGACAGAAAAUGCAUACAGCAGAGGUGUCUUUGACCCCCCAUGGCAUUUUAAUCAGUUGUCCACUGUAUGUAAUGCAAUCUUCUGUAGAAAGCCAAGGUGACCAUUGUCCUGCAGUGUGGUUUGAUGAGUUUUUUAUCAUCAAGGAUGACACUACAGUGUAAUAAAAAUAUCCUCUGCUACGUAAUCAGUUGUUUUAUGCAGCGAUACCUAUUUGAACAAGGAGACAGUGACCUAAGUACUGUAUUUAUUGCACCAAGUAUAUACCCUAGUAAGUGUAGGUUGUAACAUUUCAAUAGAUAAUAUGAUAUAUUCUGUAAUACUCAAAAUAAUUGGGGAGCUUUAACUGAUGCAUGCUUGCUGCUAUUAUCCUACAGCUAUUAAAGUCUGAGAUGAGAAGACAUGUGAGUGAUAAAAAGAGAACUGUUCAACGAGCAUCAUUCCUCAUACCAGUAAGCAAUAGUUUGCUGCUAUUAUAGAUUCUAUUUUGUUUGAGUUUUUUAAUCAGCAAAUAUGCAGUAAAUAACCAGACCAUACAGGGCAAAUAUCUUCUUUAAAGUGUGGCAGUAGAAAAAAACUUUUAUAAUAUGUAUCUAUCAAUCUAUUCUUGUUAUUUUAAAAAUAUUUUUAUUUUAUAACAUUUUAUAUUUAUUAUAAGAAACUACAUGUAUCUUCAUGUUGUUAGUAAUUUUUAUUGCUGUCUAUCUUUGACACUUUACUGUUGGGAAACCCAAGAUACAAUGAGAAUCCAUAAUUGCAAGUUUCUACUGCUAAUGUUAAAUAUAUUUAAAUAAGGAGUAAUUUUAAAAGAAAUGGACAAUGCAGUUCUUUUUCUGAUCAGUAGAUAGGUCUUUGUGAAACAAGAUAGAAGGUUUUCUUUUGAAAUUAUAAUCCUGCCUGUCAAUUUCAGAGUAAACUUAUUCAUAGAAACAUUGCUUUUCCCUGCUAUUAGUCUCAUCACUGUCUGCUUUUCUUGUUGAUUCAUCCUGCAGUAGAGGUGUUUUAAAUAUAAUUUGUUAUUCAGAGUCUUUCUUCAUGAGAAUGAAUAGUGAACUUGUGAAAUGAGCAGUGGAAUACCUUGCAUUUCAUACAAAAGAACAAAAAAAUAUGGAUGGGCUCCUGCUUUUCUAGAAACUACUAGCUCGUACUGAUGAACUGCAUGCAGGAAGAUGUUUCACCAAAAAUAACUACAUUGCUAACA